GGAGGCGGGACGUACUGGAUGGAUGACUGGAGUUUCCCUUGCGGACUGAAGAUUAAUGGAAAGGCUCUGUUGAUCUUAGCUAUCGACUAUCAGGUGAUCGGCCGCAUUACAUUGACGACUGGAUUGGGAGUAAAUGGAAAAUUUUCUAUUUAGAAUAACCAUCAGUGUACAAUCGCGUCGCCACUUUUGUUGCCUCCGUCUCAACUGAAAAGGGCCUGUCUGCAAAGAGUUAGCACCUAGGUAGGUCAGGCCGGGAUACGACUGCGAGGGAAGCUAAAAGGUACCGAAAGCCUGUUCGUUAGGCAGACGGAUCACAGCUUUCUACAUCUGUUUAUUAGUUUUGACAGGUAUUUGGGAACAAAAAAUCAACCCAUUUCGAAAUACAGGGUAGUCGAGUGUCGUCUUAAUUUGCAGACACUCACUUGGAAACCGUCAAGCUAAAGCUAAUUUUCUAGUUCUUACUGUCUGUGCUAGGGUUAGCUGCUGUGCUAACUGUGCUAGCUCCAAAAGCCUUAAUUUCUGCUGGACCUGGGCUUUUUAACCCUGCGAUUUGGUCGUUUUAUGUGGCAACAGCAAGAGCAGCAUUCGAAGGAACGAAUUUAACUUAUCGUUUAAUAAUGAUCGCUGUUAGCUAGUAGCUGGUUGUCAGCUUCAUUAAGCAUAUCGAGUGCGUGAAGAGGUGUAGCAUCACUCUACAACUUGUCAGGAGGAAAGUCAGCCCGAACCCAGAGACAUCAACAUCAGCCUGCUGCCACCAUGGGCAACACGCCCACUGCAAAAAAAGGCAAUGAAAUGGAGAGCGUAAAGGAGUUUCUUGCCAAGGCCAAAGAAGACUUCUUGAAGAAAUGGGAGAAUCCAGCACAGCAAACUGCAGGAUUGGAUCACUUUGAGCGGUUGAAGACUUUAGGCACUGGUUCCUUUGGUCGAGUCAUGUUGGUGAAACACAAAGAGACGGGCCAGCAUUUUGCCAUGAAAAUACUUGACAAGCAGAAGGUAGUGAAGCUGAAACAAAUAGAGCACACGCUGAAUGAGAAACGCAUCCUGCAAGCUGUCAGCUUUCCCUUCCUGGUUCGCCUGGAGCACUCCUUUAAGGACAACAGUAACCUGUACAUGGUGAUGGAGUAUGUACCAGGAGGUGAAAUGUUCUCGCACUUAAGGAGAAUCGGUAGAUUCAGUGAACCACACGCUCGCUUUUACGCAGCCCAGAUUGUUCUGACCUUUGAAUAUCUUCACUCGCUGGAUCUCAUCUACCGAGAUCUGAAGCCAGAAAACCUGCUCAUUGACCACCAAGGUUACAUACAGGUCACAGAUUUUGGAUUUGCGAAACGGGUGAAGGGUCGAACAUGGACGCUUUGUGGGACUCCAGAAUACCUGGCACCGGAGAUCAUUCUCAGUAAGGGUUACAAUAAGGCGGUGGACUGGUGGGCCCUGGGUGUGCUGAUAUACGAGAUGGCUGCAGGUUAUCCUCCUUUCUUUGCAGACCAGCCCAUUCAAAUCUACGAGAAGAUCGUAUCAGGGAAGGUUCGCUUCCCCUCCCACUUCAGUUCGGACCUGAAGGAUCUGCUAAGAAAUCUGCUUCAGGUGGAUCUGACCAAGCGUUUUGGUAACCUCAGGAAUGGAGUCAACGACAUCAAGGGCCACAAGUGGUUCGCCACCACUGACUGGAUCGCCAUCUACCAGAGAAAGGUGGAAGCUCCCUUUAUUCCCAAGUGCAAAGGCCCCGGUGACACGAGCAACUUCGACGACUACGAGGAAGAAGAAAUCAGAGUCUCCUUCACAGAGAAGUGUGCAAAGGAGUUUGCUGAAUUCUAGAAUCCAGUGAUGAGUAGCUGAGAGAGAGAGAAAGCGAGGGAGAGAGAGGGAGGGAGACAGGGAUUUGGAAGGAAAAGGGGGGUUUAAGGACGGGAAGAGCUAUCACGGACUGCUUGGUUGCUUAUUUGUAAAGGUUGACAACAAUGUAAAAAAAAAAAUCCUCCCCUGCCCCCCAGUGGAAAUGUAGACAAAGUGAAGAAAGAUCCAGCAGAACCAGCAGUGUUGCCUUUUUCUGAUAAUUUCUCAACUGUUACCAUUGUUUUAUUUAUCCCACUUGUGCUUGUGACUGGGGCUUGGAGAGAACAGACAUCACCUUGUAUCUUUCUGAUGGUGUAAUGACACAUUCUACGUCUUUGCAGGUUGAGGCAUUGUUUUUGUUGUUGUUGUGUUAAGGUACUGAAUCUGCUCGGCUCAUUUUAUUUUCUGUCUUUUUCUGGUAAGUGGGCCGUCUCUACAAUCUUCUCAACGAGUGAUUGUUGUAUCUCGUCGCCCUGGUUUCCCCGCUCCGUCUCUCCAUACCCAAUCUGUCCAAGCAAUACCAAGUCCAACAGAUGUGCCUGUCAUAAUGCCAACUGUUUGGAAAACUGCGUUGAAAGCAGUGGUGCAGAGUUCUGGCAGUGGCAGUGGUGUCGGCCUUUGGGCCCUUGUUUGGUUUGGAAAGCUUGUAAACUCUGUGCCUGCCUUUGUCUGCUGAGUUUGGCAUGAUGGUUGGCUAGAUGAUGAUGGUGAGGAUGAUGUACUCGCGGCAGUGAGAAUAUGAAAAAUAAUCGUUCUGGUUAAAUCCAUCCUGAUCAUUACUGCUUUUAGGGACCGGUAACAAAUGACAAACAUGAGGUCGGCAGUUAAAUGACUCUUUCUCAAGGCUGGGUUAAUUAGUGCGAUUAAAAAAAAAAAUCUAUCGGUGAUCAUUUUGUCAUUUUUUUUUUGUCCACUCUGUGCUUGUGUGUUUUUAGUGCUCAAGGGUCAGUUUAAAAAGCUGCAGUUUAGCAGCAACUAACAUUGUGCUCACACUCCUGACUAUUGCUUAUUUAAUUCAUAGUACGUUAAUACAUGUAUAUUGAUAAUAUAUAAAUAUAUAAGAUAGACAACAUGAAUUAUACAUCGUUUUCCCAACACUCUCAUAACUGUCAAACGCAACUAAGAGUUCAUUAUUUCAUGUAAAUCCUGCCAAGUGUGCAACAGUUUCUAAGUAACUAUGACGAUGGAGUUAAAUUCGCAAACCAAACGUAGCAAAUCUGCCCAACAAAACUGGUUAUUUUUGUGGGAUAUUAAAUUAGAAAGUUUGCAUAGCAUCAUGCUCGACUUGUACUACAAUACCAGAGACAAAGUAUAACAGGGCUGCCACCGUUUUAUAUUUAUAUAUAUUUGGAGAACUCUUGGGCCUAAAAAUUUGGUUGCUUUUGUGUCUUUUUUCAUCUUCACCUGCUAACAAUAACAUGAAAGACAAAAGCUAGAUCUAGUGUUUCUUCUUACUCAUGGCAACUUACAGUAGAGCGUCUCUUGGAGCACCCUCUGUUGGAUUGUGCAGUUACUACUUCACAUAGAUGUACUUAAUGAGCAAAUUCACAAGGAAACAGAGCGCAUUUUAGAAUUUAAAAUGUAAUUUGUUUUGAAGUAAGGGAUGUUGGAACAUCAAAUGAAAAGUGACAGUCCUAGUGGAACUUACUUAGCAAAGAAAAUUGGCUUCUGAUUUUUAAUGAUGAAACAAGACCCAGAGAGAUGCGGGAGUUUUCUUCUUGCAUUUUUCUUUCCUAUUUUCCUUUUUGUCAGGGCAAAAAUGUUCUAAAAAUAAUAGUCACUGAAUUUUUGCGUCUCUCCUCUUUCCUUGAUUAUAGUUUUUUUUCUUCCCUCGGUCUCCUGUAUAUAUUUUCCAUCUAACAUCUUUGCAAAGAUUGAAGGUCUAACUUGGACGACUGCUGUGAUUGCAGUGAUUGUUUGUUUUUUUUUCUCCCCCCCUCCGCCCCCACUCUCCAGCUUUCUGUGUCACAAAUUAAACUAAGGAAGCUGUCCUUUAUCGGAGUUCAUUUCUGUGGAUGCAAGACAAUCACAGACCAAAUCGUAUUGCUGGUUUGUUGACUGAACACAUUGUUGUGGUUCGAUGAAGGAUGUUUGCGUUCACGGCCCCCAUAGGUGCUAGACUUUGUCCUCUUCACUGAAAAGCUUCUGUAAAUUGUUUUUGAUGUGCAUCGAUCACUGUUGAAUCUCGUGUCAUGACCUUUUUGCGAAUGUUUCUGAUUUGGGUAGGCCCAGGUCAUGGUUCUUGAGAGGGGGCAGGGGGGUUAACUUUAAUGUUGCUGAGAGCAAACGCAGGAUAACCUUUGAAUGUCUUGGAUCGUCUGUUGGAGAUGUUUCACUGCUGUACGGAAACACGAUGUGUAUUUUAUGAUAAAUAUUCCUCUGGUGAGCUUGGUUUUUCUCGCAUGUGGUGUAAAGCGACCCAGCAGCAGGACACCCUCGUCCGUCCCCCCGACCUCCCCCCCCUGGACCUGAGACAGAUGUUUGCCUAGUGUAGUUUCACCAUAGACUGUGUGUGUUUUAAAAAAUGGAGGCAGCUGUGUUUUUGAAAUGAAGUGAAGGUAAAACCAGAAGUGCUCCGUUGGUUUCAGGAGUUACCUGGAAGUCUACGUCGGACUGAUUAUAUACGACGCACUAAUUGACAUUUCUCUGAACCGUGAAUGGUUAUAUCAGUUACCAACAGAGUGUCAGUUUGGUAAAUGUCAAUCUCAUUUUGUGGAAAAUAGAUGAACGAAAACGGCAGAUGUCAUUGGACUGCCACUUCUGUUUUUUGUUGUUGUUUUUUUUAAGCCUACCAUCAGGGAGUUGCCAUGUUGUAUUUCUGAGCUUCACCUCUCUCACUUCCUGAGAUGAAAGUAAAGCGAGUUUCUACUCUUUGCCCGGAGGUUCUUCAUUAAUGAUUUAAUAAUUUGCUAAAUACAAAUUUCUGUAGGUUUAAUAUUUCAUUAAAUAUGUAUAUAGAUAUAUAUCUUCGACAUUCAUUUAGAGUCAGUGGCUGCCAGUGUUUGUGGAGCAUCCAGCCCCCUACUGGUCAGUAAUUGUACCGCACCAUGAAAUGGGGACCUGCAGCACCGUGUUUAAAGCAAAUGUAUAAGGUCGAAAGUCAUUUUUAACAAUAUUAUACAUUUUCCAGACAUCCUUAGCUGUUAUUGGCCUAGCGUUUAUGGAUUUAAGAGUAUAUAAAAAUGUGUUUAUAGUGAACCUGUACAGCCUAAACUUUUGGACUGUAUUGUACAGUUUGUGUGAUUCAUUCACUGACAUCUACAACAACCAGGCUGUUGAACAUACCAGCGAUCGGUGGCACUUCCAGACACAUAUGCACCGUCUUCACCGUCUUGCUCUAUCGUCUAUUUUCCUCUUAAUGAAAUCAUAUCUUACAAAAAAUAUAUAUCUUGAAGAUUUCAUUUUAUACUCGGUUAAAUUCUCAAACUAGCACUUCUGGUUUUCCUCAGUGACUUUCAAUGGGCACCUCUACGGCCGCAUUCCAUUUUUUUUUUUUUUAUACACGCUCCAUGGUGGAUCCACAGUUGAAGGUGUGACAACUAUCGAACCCUUCGAUCAUGAGCAUCACGUUCAGCAUUGCAGUGGAUCCUCGACCAACUCGUCCAGUCAUUUGCAAAUUGUGAAGCACAUGCCACAUCGUUUCAAAUGUCCUAUUUAUUUAUUGUGGUUUAUUUUUGUUUGGCUUUAUCUUGGAAAAAAAAGUUUUAAUAGAUUGUGUAAAGAGAGCACAUGUACUAUCUUUAUGUUCUGACUGACUACAUCAGAGUUGGUGGGUAAGAGGCAACGCCUCCAGUGCGACGCUUUGUUUUUGUUUCCCACCAAAAAAGAAAAAGGAAAAAAAAAAACAUCUUCUCACUCGUGUCCUAUUCUUUUAUCAGAUAGCAACUAUUUAAUGAUCUGUGCUCGUUUUCUCUUUGGUUCUUCUUCUGUGUUUGCCUUUUGACUCAUCAGGUCUCCACACACUCUUCAUUCAGACAUAACACUUUUUACAUCAGAGAUGUUUUGCGUUCAUAUUUUCUAAUUGUAUUUUCAAAAAAAUGGAUACAAAAAAAAAACAAAGCAAAAACAGAACAUUAAUCUUUUUUCCUCAUGACCUGGGUACAGUGAUUGUGUAGUCUAUUGUACCUUUUGGGAAACAAUACUGUAUAUCCUUGCCUUUAACAGUCUUAACUAUCUUACCUUCUGGAGAACUUGACAGAUACCCUUAGAACACAAUGAGUAUGUUAAAAAAAUAUACACAAAGUAAUAUUUUGCAAAAUGUAUCAUUCCAAUAAAGUUUUACUUGUUAAGACUAA